AUGGGCACUAUUAGAGUGAGGAGAAAUGGCAAAGGAGCUGACCCCUUGACCAGCUGCAACACAAAGGAAAGUGAACUCUGUCUUUCUCUUGGGCAGCACAUCAGUGCCUACCCUGCUGAAGCAAGCACAGCAAUUUACUACUGCAUUGGAGAGGAAGUAAUCAAUAUAGGCAAGGAGUGCUUGCGAGAGGCAGUAGAAGGGGUGCAGCAUUUGCUGCAACGCCUUUGUGAAAUCAAUGAGGCCUCUGCCUGGUGCAGCGUCUUGUCUCAGUUUCUAAAUAAUAAGAAAUAUGAUAGUCGGGAUGACGUGGCUCUGGAGGGUGUAGGCCACUUCUUCUGUGAAUUGGCCAAGGAGAAGCUCGAGGGCGCCCAGUGUCUCCUCAAGUUGCAGAACGAUCGCGGAGGCCACGCGCUCUUUCAGGAUGUGCAGAAGGCAUCUCAAGAUGAGUGGGGUAAAACCCAGCAGGCCAUGGAAGCUGCCCUGGCCUUAGAGAAGAACUUGAACCAGGCCCUCUUGGAUCUUCAUUCCCUGGGCUCUGCUCGCACAGAUCCUCAUCUCUGUGACUUCCUUGAAAACCAUUUCCUGGAUGAGGAGGUCAAGGUCAUCAAGAAGAUGGGCAGCCACCUGACCAACCUCCGCAGGUUGACUUCUGGACCCCAGGCAUCACUGGGCGAGUACCUCUUUGAGCGGCUCACUCUGAAGCAUGACUAGGGGGCCUCUCCUUCUGAGGGGCUCCCACCUCUGC